AUGCCAACUUUGCUGGCGGGGAAGCUGAAAAGCUCCGGCACUGCCUUUAUGUUCGGUGUCGUCCUGCUCUACCCGCGCAACACCUUGGCUGGGAGUGUCUUCCAAGUCGUCCUUUGCUACGGAUGUUUGGGGCUCCUACCUUUGGUUUUCAACGCCACCUUCCUGGCGAUCGCCGCGCUGCUCAUUUGGAGCUACGUGGCCGCGCGGAAAGAGAGCCACAGCAGCGUUUGUGAUGUUUGGCGGCCAGUGGGGGAAGACAAGAUCAAGUCGUUUGUGCAAUAUCGCCAACUGUACAGUGAGUGCGCCACACUCUUCUUUGGCGAUAACGGACAGGGAGACCUAAUGUGUGCAGAGCGUCUCACUGGCAUGAACAACACCGAGUGCCCGGAAGACGCCGGUGUUGGUGGAGUCGUCACCGCGGCUUUCAUCCACCAGGUCGCCAAUGAGCAAGACCAGCUGUCUGAGCUUUUCGAACAGCUGGACGAGACAUCGAACCUGGAACAGGAAUAUGAGAAGCGAGGAAUCUACUUUUUCCGUACCUAUGUCGGCGCGGCCAUCCAUGCAUUUAAUCUGGGUCUGGUCUCCGAAGAGGGACUCUAUCGCGUUGGCACCGAAGCAGUACAGGACAUGGUACGCUUGCGUAUCCGAUACUUGGGUAGGGCAGAGCGGCGACCGUGGAAAGAUGUGGUAAACGAGAUGAACACGGACGUGGAUCGUGCUAACUCCCUUCUACCACCUCGUCUCCAAAUCGAGAAGGUGCCGAGCUCGGCAGCAACGAACCUCGAUCUCGAGAGAGCCAAGGCGGCUCAAGCCGCGAAGGCGGCACAGGCCAAAGCCUUGGAAGAGCCGCCUCCGCAGGCCAAGCCAUCUCAUCCGGUGGAGGAUAUGCUGCCUGCGAUCGAGGAAAAGAGGGUCGAAGAGACGAAAAGUUUGGAGGAGGGUAAGUCCGAUUCGGAUCGAAGCGAAGAUGCCAAGUCCGACGACGGAAAGUCAGAGGACGGGCGUAUGUCACACACGCGAUCGGAAGAAGAGGCCAAGGAGGGCGAGAGCAAAGACGACCUUGCGAAGCGACUCCGGAGUCGGUUUGAUGCCACACGCUGUGCCAAGCGCAGCGGGAGUCAGAAGAGCAAGGCAUCACCUGUCAUGAAGCCUUCCAUGCUCAGCCACUGCCCAAGUCUGGGCGACUUCUCGUUCACGACCACGGUCUCGCCUAUCGGCCGCUGCUAG